CCGAGAAUGACACGGUAAACGCGCCCGUUCAGCGUGUGGAUGCAGAAGUUUUCGUAUGUGUGUAUGUUUUCUGUUGUUAAAUUAGAACACCUCGUCGCACUUGACCUGAUAUCUUAUUUGAGUAAGCUGGUUAUUCAUCUCUGACGUUAAAUGUUGUGAAUACGGACACACACGUCGCAGGCUUUGGCUAAAAGGGCUAAGAGAGAAUGUGGAAAUGGAAGGUGACCGUGCUGGUGGUGGAGUCUAGCUGACUGACUCGGGCUCUUUCAUUCAAACACUGAGUUAUAGCUCUCUCUGUUAGCUGUCAUUUAAUUACAUGUCACUGUGGCUUACAGUGCUUUACAACUGUAUAAUUGUCAACUUUUUUCAUAUUCGUGGUCAGUUUAGGCGGUUCUUCCCUCUCUGAGCUAUAAGGAAGUUAAGCGCUAGAAUAAAUUUUGCUGACAACUGGUCAAGCAUUGUAAGUAAAUGACGAUACCUAAAUGUUUACCUUCGUGUACAGUGAUAGCACGAUCUUUCUCUCUAAUCGCACACUAACAUCUUUCGAUAAUGACACAUAAACAUACAUUUUUACUGCUGAGAGCAGCUCGUCACAUUUUUCGACAUCCACGCCACAGACCGUGUGUGUUAAACAGGAGAGCUUUAUUUGUAUCCACGCAGCAGAUUUAUUCUUCAAAAGCUCCGCCUUUCAGCACCACUACAUCCUUCAGACAUGCUGCCAGUUUCACUUCAGGACAAAGCAGUUUGUCCAUACGAAGUCACACAUGUGGAGAGCUGCGUUCCAGUCAUAUAGGAGAGGAGGUCACGUUGUGCGGAUGGGUUCAGUACCUGAGACAGGAUCUGUUUGUGAUUUUGAGGGACUUCAGUGGAUUGGUGCAAGUUCUUAUCCCACAGGAUGAGUCCAAGCAAGAACUGAAGAAUGCUUUCUGCAGGUUAUCUGUUGAGUCGGUCGUCAUGAUCAAAGGAAGGGUCAGGCCUCGUCCAGCUGGCCAGGAAAAUAAGAACAUGUCCACAGGAGAAAUUGAAGUGUGUGCUGAGAGCAUGGAAGUGCUGAACACCUGCCGGAAAUUGCCUUUUGAGAUUAAAGACUUUGUCAAGAAAUCUGAGGCUCUCCGGAUGCAAUAUAGGUAUCUUGACCUUCGCUCAUCUCAAAUGCAAUACAAUCUGAGACUGCGAUCACAGCUUGUGAUGAAAAUGAGAGAGUACCUUUGCAAUUUGCAUGGAUUUGUAGAUGUGGAGACCCCAACAUUGUUUAAAAGGACUCCAGGGGGCGCCAAAGAGUUUGUGGUGCCGUCUGGAGAAGCAGGGAAGUUUUACUGUCUCCCGCAGAGCCCGCAGCAGUUCAAACAGCUUCUGAUGGUGGCAGGUCUAGAUCGAUACUUUCAGCUGGCACGCUGCUACAGAGACGAAGGCUCCAAACCCGACAGACAGCCUGAAUUCACACAGGUGGACAUUGAGAUGUCCUUCGUGGAGCAGGCCGGAAUCAGGGCUUUGAUUGAGGGCUUGCUGCAGUAUUCCUGGCCUGAAGACAAAGAGCCGCUCAGCAUCCCCUUCCCCUGCAUGACCUAUGAGGAGGCCAUGAGGGAUUACGGUGUAGACAAACCUGACACUCGAUUUGGAAUGAAGCUGGUGGAUGUCACAGAGACAUUCCAGGACACACAGAUUGAGUUCAUCAGGGAAGCCAUCAUCCAGCCAGGUGGCUGUGUCCAGGCCAUCUGUGUUUCAGAAGGAGCUAAGCACUUGAAGGGCAAGGACGUGGAGUUACUGCAGCAAGCAGCCAAGACUCAAUUCAACCAGGAGGUGAGCAGCGUGCUGGUCAGGGCAGACGGCUCGUGGAAGUCUCCUCUCAGCCGGCUGAUGUCGGACACGGCCAGGCAGCACCUGCUGCAGACGACUCACGCUAACACUGGAGACCUGCUGCUCAUCGCUGCUGGAGCCCAGGAGCGGGUGCGCACCCUUCUAGGGAAGCUGAGACUGCAGUCUGCUGAGCUGCUGGAGGGCUAUGGCAUGCCUGUUCGUGACCCUUCGGUCUUUCAUUUCUUGUGGGUGGUAGACUUCCCUCUUUUCUUGCCCAAAGAAGAUGAUCCAGCACAGUUGGAGUCUGCCCACCACCCAUUUACUGCCCCUGUUCCAGAGGACACCCAUCUGCUCUACACCCAGCCCAGCAAGGUCCGUGGCCAACACUACGACCUGGUGCUGAAUGGCUGUGAGAUUGGUGGAGGCUCCAUCCGCAUCCACAAUUCAGGCCAGCAGCUCUACGUCUUGGAGAACAUCCUCAAAGAAGAUCCAUCUCUCCUCUCACACCUGUUGGAAGCGCUGGACUCUGGAGCCCCUCCUCAUGGUGGGAUCGCAUUAGGGCUAGACCGUCUGGUGUCCAUCAUCGUGGGGGCUCCAAGUAUCAGGGACGUUAUUGCCUUCCCCAAAUCGUUCAAAGGUUAUGACCUCAUGAGCCAUGCUCCUGAUUUUGUGUCAGAGGAGGAGCUGAGGCCAUACCACAUCUUUGUGGUCUGGCCUAGUGUGGACAGCAGAGAGGACAAACAACCCUGACCGUUCCAUUCUGCUCCAUCUUCCAGAGUAACUCAUGCCUGUUAAGCUCUGUUUGUAAAAGGAGGAAAGAGACUGUGGUGGGUUUCUAGCGGUCACUGUCCAUUUUCAGUGUUUGCUGUUGGUGAUUGCUUCUGAGCAGUAGAAGUGUGACCCAAUUUCAUAAAAGAAUUACACAGCAGCUGUAUGAGAAAGUCUUACAGAGGCAACUGAACAACCUCCAACAUGUCCAUCAGAUCAAUGUUAUGUAUGCUGUCAAGAUUAAAAGCGCAAGUGGUGUCCAGUUCUGGUCCUGGAGGGCUUUAGUUCAUCAGCCGUUCUUUAUCAGGUUUAGUAGGCGUGUCUGAGCAAGGAAAUCAGAAACUGUGCCGGACACCAGCUACACUGAACUGGACAUCCCUGAAAAUGCUAUCAUUCACACUUAUAGUAUGUUUGUCUAUUGCUAUAGUGUUUUCUGUACUCAUUUAUUUUAUACAAACAAUAAAGACAGGACAUUGAAACAGUAGCAUAUUGUCCAUGACUCCAAAAUGUUCCAGACUCCGAGAGCGAGGGAAUGUUCCAGUAGGGGGUAGCCUUGUUCCAUCACGCUGUCUUUCCUCUUCAGACCUACUGAAUUGAGGCAGCACACAGUGCAUAUCUUACAAUAUCUCCAGCAUUGGAUUUCCAAAUACAGCUUGAAUUUUCUGCUGAGGGCUGAUGCCUUGUCUACAACAGCAGCAUGCUGAUCUCCUGGGCUUGGGUCCACACGUCCAGGACACUGAGUGUUAUUUCAGACUAUAUCCUGCAUGCUGAAGGAAAGCAGAGACCAGGCUUUGGUGUUGUUGAAUACUGCCAAUUCGCUUAUCACUCUUUGUUAAUGAUGCAUAGCCUCCGCCCUGCUGUGCUGCAGGCCCACCUUUCAGUGAAAGCUCACCGUCUGCUGACGAAAUGCCAUUUGCUAUACUGCCGUUUGCCGACAUCGACAGGCUUGCACGCAGAUGUUCUCAUUAAUUCUCCAAACACAUACACACAUCCCUCUCAACAUGCAUACACACACUCAACCUGGCAAAUCUUUAUUUCACAUUCUGAGGAUUUUACUACCUCUAGAGCAAAAUGCCCUUUAAGUAUGUAUCUGCCCUGAUUUUUUGCAUUUUUUGUUCUGUACAUGUUCAUCAUGCCCUAAGCUGCCUAAGCUGGUUUCCUCUGCAGGGGAAAAAUAAAUGAUGAUUUU